CAGGGUAUCCUUCUGUCUGGGAUGGCAUCACACAGGGCUACGAGAUGAGUACCUGCGGAGAUGUUCACCAAACGGCUGAUUUCAUCCGUACAUGCAUCCAGAACUGCGAUGAGAAUCACGCUUCCUGCAAACCUCAAUCGCCGACGAUGCCAACAAGAGUUAUCUAUGUCGGUAACGCCGAAGAUACUCAGGUACGGCUAGUUGAAACCGCUCAUAUUCAUGCUAGCCCCUAUACCGCGCUCAGCUACUGCUGGGGCAAGAGUGGGAAUUUUGUGACCAUGAAAGGAAGCAUCAAUAGCCACAAGGCAGCUCUUGGUGUGAAGGAUUUCCCACAGACGGUUAGAGAUGCUGUUGAAAUCACCAGAGGACUUGGCUUGAAGUAUCUGUGGGUACAUGCAAUCUGCAUCAUCCAGGACUCCGCCGAAGACUGGGAAAAGGAGGCCGCAAAGAUGGCAUCUGUCUACAGUGACGCUUACUUCACGAUUGCCACUGCAACCGCUCACACCUCUACUGAGGGGUUCAUCUCCCAGAAACACGAGGAGGCCCUUCAACAACAGCCAUUUCGAAUGAAUUGGCGUACCGAUCGAGGAAAGCGGUCUAUCCUUGCAGCUCGAGUCAUUCCAGGGGCAGAUGCUCGUAUGGCUACCGUGACUGGAGAUCGCAAGCCGAAACUUCCGCUCAUGACGAGAAGUUGGACCCUGCAAGAAGAACUUCUCUCACGCAGGACAGUGACUUACACAGAACAUGAGUUGUGGUGGACCUAUAUGACCAACCCCCAAGUUGCGUUUGGACAAUGGCGCGAUCUUGUCAGUGAGUUCCUCCAACGGCAACACACGUUCUGCAGUGACAGACUACCUGCGAUGUCUGGUUUGGCAACUGUCUUUCAACAGAAAACAGGAUCCUCUUACGUCGCCGGGUUAUGGAAAGACAAUCUCAUCAACGACUUGUUAUGGCAAACCAAUUGGGCCCCCAAAGCGGUUGUUAUCGCUGCCAGCACGACUACAAGCAUCAACAACCCUCUAGGGAAUAUGAAGACCGCUCAUGUUACUUUGCGUGGUCGGAUCAUCCAGGCGACUCUUGAAAUAGUCGCCACACGCCGCGGCAGGUUCAGGUCGUAUGGAAUCAAAAACAACGGAGAAUCGGUUGAUUUCCAUCCCGAUACGCGUCUGGAGAGGUUCCAGUUGGGUGUGGAUGAUACAAAAAAAGGUGAAGACGCAUCGGUUCGUCGAUCGCCAGCUUGUUCUGAGGCUGAACCGGCUGGGUCAGAGUCGCCAGUCAUAUUGCUCCAUCUUGGAGACUGGUUUGUCACUGAGGAGAAGCUUGUGGAGAUGACGUAUCUUGUUUUGGGAAGAUCGCCAGUGGAUACAAGUAAAUAUGAGAGACUGGGUCUUGCGUACCAACAAGUACAACUUGGUUGCGAGGCCAUCAGGCAUGCAUGGGAGGGAGAUGUUACUGUCUUGUAAGGGGUUGCACAGAUGUUGCGAGAUAAAACUUGUGGUGAUUGAAGCAGUUGUUGUGGAACGGUGUUGCUGUUCGAGCAAAUAGGUAGGCAUCGGAGUUUGGGAGUUCGAGUGUUCAUUAUCAAUUUUCCUUUCAAGAAUUCGAGUCGCAUUCGUG